GGGGUUUAAUGGCUUGUCAUUGCAACAGAACCGAAUUGUAUCUUGGAUGGUAGAAACAUAUCAGAAAGUCAACCAAGUUGAUCCACAAAGCAAAUUUAAUUUCAACAAAGAACAUCCAACUCUCACUUUGGAGGAUCAAACUGCAAGUCCUCGAUACCUACUCAGAUAUACAUACCUACUCAUAUGUACACAACUCCAAGAUCAAAGAUACCGGUUCUUCUCAGCUUUUGCGACAGAACAUAUUUCAACCCUCUGCCCCAAGGCAACAGCAACAACAGCUCUCAAUUCUAUUCAAAGGGAGAAGGAACUCAUUGGGUCUGUUCAGUCUAGAAGAUUUCUAUAUCAGCUGUUCAGUCUAUUGUCUCGGUCGAACCUCCAUCAUCAAGCAUCUAGUCACUUUCCGAAGAAUCGCUCAAGAUGUCUGCCUCCCCAUCUGGCAUGUCGAAUGGUCGAACUCCUACCCCAACUCCCAACAGCGGCGGCGCACCACAAUUUACACGUAAAGUCAAGGCUGCUGAUCCUCUGAGACCACGAAAGAAGCCUAUCCGCAGACCAAAUCCAUCUUCCACACCUGCCGGCGCGAACUUGAAUGGCUUGACACCAGCUACGCCGAAUGGGCCUACAUCUUUAAACUACCUUUCUGGUCCACGCGCACCUGGUCCGAGAGGGCCAAUUCCUAUCAAUGGCAACACUGCGCCUAGACAAACAUAUGGUGGCUGGACCCAUCCUCCUAAGGGAGAAGUCACGGAUUAUCCCCUCUUCACUACUAGGCGGGCUUUGCGCGAUGGAAUUCGAUAUCAUGCAAUGAGAUUUGCUGGGAAGAAAGAGGUUGACCCCACAAAUCAAGACGAGUUCACGCGACCAAUUUCUCUUCAUCGCAGAGACCCUCGGCAACCACCUCCGGGCAAAGCAUUCAAGGAUGAAGAUGUAGUUAUGGAGGACGCAGUCGAUUCCAAGGAGAGAGAAAGACAAGAAAUAUUAAAGGCUGAGAAGGAGGCGCAAAAAGCUGCAGAUCGUGCGCAAAUAGCUCCUACCGGCAAUAGUGCCAAUGCAGCAGCUGCUAAAAAAGCUCAAGCUUUCCGAAAUGAAAAGACAACUCAAGUACAUCGCCUAGACAAGACGGCAGAGCAAAAGAAAGAGUCUGAUCUUAGAUAUGAAGAAGCUUUACCUUGGCACCUGGAAGAUGCUGACAACAAGAACACCUGGGUUGGUAACUAUGAGAGUGCUUUGUCAGAAGUCAACGUUAUGUUCUUUACAGAGGGAAGUGCUUUCAAGAUGAUCCCUGUCGAGAAGUGGUACAAAUUCACCUCGAAAAACAAAUUCAACACGCUUACAAUCGAUGAAGCCGAAGCUUUGUUGAGUAAGAAGACUAAAGAAUCCAGAUGGGCUAUGAAAACCCAAGAGAGAAACGAGGCUCAACGUGCAACCCAGGAAAAUAUCCGAGGGAUGAACAAGCUGUACACUGUCAAGACAGAAAGUGCAAGUUUCAAGGGUUCUAGCAGAAACGAAACUAGAGAUAUUGAUGAGCUUGACUUUGAUGCCGAUGAUUUGUUUCAGGAUGAUGAUGAGCUUGCCACAGUUGAGCCAGAUAGGGAUGAAGAUACAAAGGAUGCUCAGGAAAGAAUCAAGCAAGAUCAGAGAGGUGCGAACUUGUUUGGUGAAGCAGAUGAAGAAACCGUUGAGAAAGACUUCAUCAAAGAGGAACAAGAAUUGGAGGCAAAGAAGAAAUUGGGAAAGGGUGUCCGAAAGGCUUUAACCAAGCGCGAAAAGAAUUUCAUUUAUGACAGUGAUUCUAGCAAUCCAUAUGCUUCUUCAGAUAGUGAAGAUGACACAUCCGAUGAAGAGAAGCAAAAGGAGAUUGACAAGAAGAAGGAUGAAGAGGCCAAAGCCAAAUUAAAGGCUGAAGCGAAGCCUUCAGGUACUUCAUCAAAGGGCAAUAACACACCUUCCGGUCGACCUAAGCACACUGAUCCCUUGAAAAAAUCCAAGAAUCUCAAGAGAUCUGGAUCCCCAAACCUUUCAGAAUCUAGUGGAAACGAAUCUUCUAGAAAGAAGCAUAAGAAGAAGCAUGUCAGCUCAUCGCAACCUACAGGUGCAUCUACUCCAAUUCCAGGUCAACCUCAGAGAAAAUCAUCUAUUGUCAAGAUGUCGGUAAGUCCAAAUGAACUUUCAAGAAUUAGUUCUUCUGCGCCAAACCCGCAAACUGCUACAAGUGAUGGAGAAGCCACAGGUGGCGAAAUGUCAGAUGGCGCCGGUUCAAAGAAGAAGAAGAUCACUCUUCGUAUGGGAGGAUCACCAACGACUUCAAGACCUGGUAGUCCAAUCCCUGGUAAAUCGAGCGGUAGCCGUGCUGGCAGCCCUUCUCAAGGAGCUGAAGCUCCAUCGCCCUCUGGUUCCGGACCAAUUACGCCCAAAGAUAUUGCUGGUCUUCCAUCAACAGGUGUCUCCAUUAGUCAAAUAUUGGCAUACUUCCGCGGAAGAGUUGGUGAUGGUGAAGGACAGACCACUAAAAAGGAGUUCAUGGAAAUGAUCAAGAAAUAUACCAAAUAUGGACCUGACAAACUUUUGCGACCCAAAGUUUAGGAAGCAUGACAUCAUGAUUGCUUAAUUAUUUAUGUAGAAAUGAGAUAUUCAAAUAUAAUUGUGGAGGGGGUCUAAUGGUGGAUAGUGGGUGGGAAUGUGAGAUGGGAGGUGAUUUGAUACCUUACGAAAAAGGGUGGGUGUUUCAUAAUAUGGAUACGAAAGGAGAGUACAUUGAUCGCUAUGGUAUAUGCAACGAAUUUGUUACAAAGGCAUGAUGAUGGAUGCAUCGGGGUGGGAAGAAGGGAAAUAUCUUUCGAAUUGGCGAAGAUGAGAUGAUGUUAAUUGCGAAUACCAAUGAGGAAGGGAUGAAAAGAUUUACUAGUGGUGCACAAGUUUAAUAUGCAUGUGGUCUAUUAGGCCAUGUGCAAAGUUUGCUUGAUGUUCUCAGAUACCAUUCACAGCCUGUUUAGAAUACCUACAUAGAUCAGGGAAAGAAAUGACAAUAUGCAGAAAUAUAUGAUUGUCA